GCAUUAUUUUCUAAAUAAGAUUAAGCUUACCAUAAGCAAAUAAAAGUUUGCUAAGCAUAGGUGUGCUUUUUUUCAAAUUUUCAUAUGCUAAUAAACACGUGGCUACUAUUGUAAACCCUCCUCAAUUCUGCUCAAGUCUCCUUAAAAAUAAAAUUGGAGAUUUUUGUUCAUUUUGCUUUAAAAAAUGUAUAAAAUAGAGGUGUGUAAAAAAUUAAUUCCUUGUAAUAAGUUACUUCCUCAGCAUCUAUAAAAUAUGAAUGAAAAUUCUCUCAUUGCUCCUCGAUUUUUGACAAAAAUUCCUACAAAACUAUGUUUUGUAAACACUGGUAAAUUUUUACAAGUAGUUAAAAAAAGUAUUAUUAUGUAGAUAAAUGAAACAAAAUUUGCAAUGUAAGCUUGUUGAUAUCUGCAGGCAAAACACAAUAUUUCUUAUACUAAUUAAUGUGGGAAUAAAUCCAUGAAAAUAAAAGAUGUUAAAGGUGAUUAUUCUUGCAUUGGUGACUGUACUCACUGGUCAAAUUGGAUCAAAUCUUUUACCAGACUGCAAAUUAUGUGGAUCUUACUUGGCAACAAAUAGAAGCAAAGAAUUAUUGUACUCAUUUUGCCAUGGUGGGAAUGUUACUGGUGACAGAUGUUGCUUUAUUAACAAUCGUCUUUUGGGAAUUGAUUUGAGCAAUUGUCAUCUUGAUUCCUUAUCUGUCCUAUCAAAUGACGAAAAGUUGGGUAUUGAGUGGCUAGCUGUUAAUAACAACACUAAUCUUACCAAUGAAGAUAUCUCUUUACGUUCCUUCCAAAAUUUAUCCACAUUUAUUAUUUCAUCAACAAGCUCCUGUGGUAAAGCAUUUAAUAAAAGUAAAGUUGAUAAAUAUAUCAAAAUAUGUCAGCAACCCUCUCACGAAUGUCCAGGAGAUUAUUGUCCUGAAAAUUCAUAUUGCCUUCAAGAUGGCCCAGGUCUCUCGAUGUGUUUAUGCAAUGAAGGAUGGAACAGUUAUAGAUGUUUGAAAAAAAGUGGUUUUCCUUUAAAGAACUGGCUAAUAGGUUUUGCUGUCACAACAGUUGUUAUAUGUAUGUCACUGCGACUACUACAAAGAAAAGGGCGGAAAGCUGGUAAAGAGUAUCUAAGCCAAGAUGGUGCUGAACGACCUUUAAAUAGUUCAACUGGCAGUGAAUAAAUACCGUGAAUAAUAUAAAAUCAAUUUUUUUCUUACUUAACUCUAUCUAAAAUGCUUGUUGUUUCUGUAAUUUAUUAAUGUAUUUUUUGUAUAUAAUUUUUACAAGAUUUGGAAAUACUGUGUGUAUAAA